CCCCACAGGUUUCAAGCCCGCUCCGCGCCCCCUGGUGCGCACACUCAGCUCGACUGCCGGCGCACCGCCCACUCAGGUCCUGGGGCCCCAGCGGGUGUGCUUGCGGGGAAACUGAGGCAGGGAGCGUGCUCGUGGGAUCAUUCCUGCCUCAGUCCACACCCCAGGGCCCGCAAAGCUGCCUCCCGCUCCUCAGACCCGCAUGAACAGCAGGGAAGGACGGCAGGAAGGGGAGGGGGCCCACAGCAAGCGAGGUCUGAAGAGUCGGCCUGUCCUGCCACACACAAGAUGGCGGCGCGGCAGCGGCGAGGUCCUUCAGAGGCGGUACCAGCGCAUGCGCAGCGCGGAGUCCCGGCCCGGGACACAAGAUGGCGGCAGCGGCGUUGGGGAGGGCGAGGCGGAGGCGGCAAAACGGGCGGUCGAGCAGAACGUGUAGCCGCGUCCCCUCGAGUCCGCUGCGGGCAGUUGCUGAUGCAAGGAAUCCCCUGGGCUCCCGUCCACUCCACUGCUGACCAGCCCACACGCCUGCACUGCACGCUUUCCUGCAGGCCUCCCCACUGCCUCUGUGGGACCAGGGGGUCCAUCUGGCCGGAGAAGAAAGCCCUCUCAUGCUAGCGUUGCAGACCCCAGAGGGUGAGAGAAAGAGGGACCUUGUUCAGCCUUGAGACCUGUGGGUCCGCCCCGAGGCACCGGGAAUUCCUCUUCCCCAGAGGACCAAGGCAUCUCCCCUUGGUCCGGUGUGGGUGCUGAGAUGGCCAAUGAGAAUCACGGCAGCCCCCGGGAGGAAGCAUCCUUGUUGAGUCACUCCCCAGGCACCUCCAAUCAGAGCCAGCCCUGUUCUCCAAAGCCCGUCCGCCUGGUGCAGGACCUCCCAGAGGAGCUGGUGCACGCUGGCUGGGAGAAGUGCUGGAGCAGAAGGGAGAACCGUCCCUACUACUUCAACCGAUUCACCAACCAGUCCCUGUGGGAGAUGCCCGUGCUGGGCCAGCACGAUGUGAUUUCGGACCCUUUGGGGCUGAAUGCGACCCCCCUGCCCCAAGACUCAAGCUUGGUGGAAACCCCCCCGGCUGAGAACAAGCCCCGAAAGCGGCAGCUCUCGGAAGAGCAGCCCAGCGGCAAUGGCGUGAAGAAGCCCAAGAUUGACAUCCCCAUGACACCCACGGGCCCGUCAGUGCCCAGCUCCCCCAGCGUCCCAGGAACCCCAACCCUGAAGAUUUGGGGGACAUCCCCUGAAGAUAAACAGCAGGCAGCUCUCCUCCGACCCACUGAGGUGUACUGGGAUCUCGACAUUCAGACCAACGCUGUCAUCAAGCACCGGGGGCCAUCAGAGGUGCUGCCUCCGCAUCCCGAGGUGGAGCUGCUCCGUUCCCAGCUCAUCCUGAAGCUUCGGCAGCACUACCGGGAGCUGUGCCAGCAGCGAGAGGGCAUCGAGCCCCCGCGGGAAUCCUUCAACCGCUGGAUGUUGGAGCGCAAGGUCGUGGACAAAGGCUCUGAUCCUCUGUUGCCGAGCAACUGCGAACCGGUCGUGUCACCUUCCAUGUUUCGCGAAAUCAUGAAUGACAUUCCCAUCAGGUUAUCCCGAAUCAAGUUCCGGGAGGAAGCCAAGCGUCUGCUCUUCAAAUACGCAGAGGCUGCCAGGCGGCUCAUCGAGUCCAGGAGUGCAUCUCCCGACAGCAGGAAGGUGGUCAAGUGGAACGUGGAGGAUACCUUCAGCUGGCUGCGGAAGGACCACUCCGCCUCCAAGGAGGAUUAUAUGGAUCGCCUGGAGCAUCUGCGGAGGCAGUGUGGCCCCCACGUCUCGGCCGCAGCCAAGGACUCCGUGGAGGGUAUCUGCAGUAAGAUCUACCACAUCUCUCUGGAGUACGUCAAACGGAUCCGAGAGAAGCACCUUGCCAUUCUCAAGGAAAACAACAUCCCAGAGGAGGUGGAGGCCCCCGAGGUGGAGCCCCGCCUGGUGUACUGCUAUCCAGUACGGCUGGCUGUGUCUGCACCUCCCAUGCCCAGCGUGGAAAUGCACGUGGAGAAUAACGUGGUCUGCAUCCGGUAUAAGGGCGAGAUGGUCAAGGUCAGCCGCAACUACUUCAGCAAGCUGUGGCUCCUUUACCGCUACAGCUGCAUCGACGAUUCUGCCUUUGAGAGGUUCCUGCCCCGAGUCUGGUGUCUUCUCCGCCGGUACCAGAUGAUGUUCGGCGUGGGCCUCUACGAGGGGACAGGCCUGCAGGGGUCGCUGCCCGUGCACGUCUUCGAGGCCCUCCACCGGCUUUUCGGCGUCAGCUUUGAGUGCUUCGCCUCACCCCUCAACUGCUACUUUCGCCAGUACUGCUCCGCCUUCCCCGACACGGACGGCUACUUCGGCUCCCGCGGGCCCUGCCUGGACUUCUCCCCGCUGAGUGGGUCCUUCGAGGCCAACCCUCCCUUCUGCGAGGAGCUCAUGGAUGCCAUGGUCUCUCACUUUGAGAAACUGCUCGAGAGCUCGCCAGAGCCCCUGUCCUUCAUCGUGUUCAUCCCCGAGUGGCGGGAACCCCCGACCCCAGCGCUCACCCGCAUGGAGCAGAGCCGCUUCAAGCGCCACCAGCUGGUCCUGCCCGCCUUCGAGCACGAGUACCGCAGCGGCUCCCAGCAUGUCUGCAAGAAGGAGGAAAUGCACUACAAGGCUGUCCACAGCACGGCCGUGCUCUUCCUACAGAACGACCCUGGAUUUGCCAAGUGGGGGCCAACGCCUGAGCGGCUGCAGGAGUUCAGCGCCGCCUACCGGCAGUCGGGCCGCAGCCAUGGCUCUGUCGGCUCCUCGUCGUCCUCCUCGGAGGCCAAGGACAGGGACUCAGGCCGCGAGCAGGGCCCCAGCCGGGAGCCUCACUCCACUUAACACAUCCUGCGGGGAGGAGGAGCCCCAGGGUGCUGGUCUGGACUGCUGGCGCUCAGGCCUCUUGGGGCUGAGUGGAUCCCAGGACCCUCCUUCUGGGGUGGCAGCAGGACCCAGACUGCCAAUGACAUAGGAAGAUUACAGCUCUGCCAGGGCUUCCCCUCCCUGCCCGCAUCCCCCCAACCUCCCACCUCAAACUCACUCCAAGUCCCCUGUAAAUAGGCCCCAUGCCUUCCCUUCCUUCCUGGCCCCCAUCGUGUUGCCACCUUGUUUCAUUUGUAAAAGGAAAUACAGAACCACCUCCCCCC